UGUGGUGUUGUGAACACUGAGCGAGGUUAUUGUUUUGAUAUUUUAGUUUUUCUACUAAAGCAGGUAUAUAAUUAACACCCACUCACUCCAAACAUUUGUCAAAUAAAACAGUCUGUUAAAAUUGUUAUAGAUCAUUAAUAACUAUAUAGACUAUGAUGGCAGAUGAAACAAAGCCAGUCAAUGAAAACGAUCUAAAAGAGUUAAAAGAUAGAAUGAAUUUAAUUGUUAGUGCUGAUCCAGCUCAAUACCACAAUGAUUUUUCAUUGAGAAGAUACCUCAGAGCAUUUAAAACUGUUGACCAAGCAUUUCAGGCUAUAAUAAAAACCAAUAAAUGGCGAAUAGAGUAUGGUGUUGCUGAGUUACAAAAUGACAAGGAACUCAUAACAAAGUAUGCUAACAAAGCUAGGGUCCUGAGGCACCGUGAUAUAGUUGGCAGACCUAUUGUAUAUAUACCUGCUAAGAAUCAUAGCUCCAAUGACAGAAACAUUGAUGAACUGACCAAAUUUAUUGUUUACUGCCUGGAAGAUGCCAGCAAAAAAUGUUUUGAAGAAGUAAUAGAUAAUCUUUGCAUUGUAUUUGAUUUAAACAGCUUCACCCUUUCUUGUAUGGACUACCAAGUUUUGAAGAACCUCAUAUGGUUGUUGAGCAGACACUAUCCUGAAAGACUUGGUGUUUGUCUUAUCAUCAAUGCCCCAGCAUUUUUUUCAGGUUGUUGGGCUGUUAUAAAGGGCUGGCUUGAUGAAAAUACUGCAGGAAAGGUAACAUUUGUUAAUUCAGAGAUGGAUCUCUGCCAGUACCUGAUACCAGAUAUUUUGCCAACUGAUAUGUAGACAGAGAAAAGAUAAUAUUGAUAGAGUAUCUUAUAUGUAUUGUUUUCAAAUAUGACAUAAUUGUGAAUAUGUAUUUAUAUUUACUUGUUAUCAUAAGAUAAAGUUUAAGCCAGUAAGAAUUAAUACAAUAAGUAUUUGUUCCUUUUUAAUAGAUUUUAUACAAAUCGCAAUCAAACUAAUAUUUAAAAAGAAGUCAAAUAAACUUUUAUUUUUACACUCAUUCAUAUUACUUAAACUAAUAUAGUUAAAUUAAGAGUCAAUUGGCAUAUGUUGUUGUUUUUAUGAUGAUAGUGAUCUUAUUUAAGUAAAUAAAUGAAUAUUACAAUAUUUAAGUUAUUACUCUGCUUUUAUAAUACAUAUAGUUAAAAUUUUAGUACAAAAUAGUUGUAAUUUUCAUUUACAUAACAUUUUUCAUUUACAUUUAAUAAAAAUACAUUUCUGUUCACAAUGUCCCGCUCAAUAAUCGUAUAUUUUAAUGCCGCCUUUAAAUACAUAAGGUAUGUUACAACUGGGAUAAUGUACAUCAAAUUUUACUU